AUGACUGCAAAGUUGUUGUCGCAUGCCCCUCAUCUUUUCAUUUGUGGCAUUGCUCGCUCAGGAGCAUAUAAUAGAACCCUUACACCUUUUGGGUUUCAGAAGGCUAGAAGAGACAUGACUUAUAGCUUUGGUGAAGAGGGCCCUGCCAUUGUGCAAUUGCAAAAGUGGGAAUCUUCUCGAUUGCAAGCAAACCUGACACAGUUUCAUGAAGCUUUCCUUUCCCCAACUAGGGAACUUAUAUUAUUGCUUUCAUAUCACCAUGAAGGUGAAGCUAUAAGUCGUAUUGUAAGUUAUCCCAUGCUUUCUGAUAUAAAUUCACUUUCUUGGGGUAUAUGUGAAGAUUCAAAUAGUCAACAUGAGGGGGCUUUAUGUAGAGAACUUCUCUUUGUGGUUGGAGAUCAUGGGUUGACUGCCCAUGCAUUUUAUCAAUCCACUGAGUGCAACAGUGAAUCCCUUGAACACAUGCCGGAUGUAGAUAGUGGAUAA